UUGUAUGUGUAGCACCGGCGGCUUUUUUAAAGUGUUGUGUGUACGUUACUUUAUAUUAUUUAUGUGUAUCAUGCAUUUGUAAAUAUUUCUGUUUAUAUCAGCCUCGGUUUGUAAAUACAUUGUAUUUACUAUGAGAAACAGAAGGGACGUGACUGGUGAAUUAACAAACGGUAGUCCAGGCAAAGUUAUUAGCUAGCUAACAGAGUCGUCAAAGUUAACUAGCUGUCAAAGUUAGCUUUGAUUUUGAGCCAUCAGUUGCAGUCAAAUGACAACAGAUAACUUUUAGCUGUGAUCGCUCAAUAUGGAUUCAUCGAGUCCACCAUCGAAAAGAAAGUUUUACAUGGGGCGGCAUCAGUAUAUAACGAAAAAGAGUACUAUACCUGCUGUUGGAUUGGUUGCACCCCAGCAGUCAAAUCGUACAUGUGAAACAUAUUCUUCCGAAGGUUUAUUGGGAGACACAGUUCGUCAUGGCAAUGGAAGAGACAGGCAGAAAGACAAGGAACCGGAGAUUGGAGAUAACACUUUGGCCAUGGAUCAGGAGAUCCUUGAAGCCCUGGACAAAAUUGACUUCAGUGGGCCUGGAAUAAAGAGUGGAGUAGAACUUCAUCCCAGAUCAUCUGAGUGUGCUAUAGCUCCAGGAAGAGUAAAUUCAACAGAGGAGAAAAAGAAACGCUCCACUCUCUCCAGUGAAAUCCCAGAUUCCUCCAAACUGGCAAGCCGAGGAACAAUCCCAGUAUCACUGAAAAGUCCAAAAACUUGGAAACACUCAGAAAAUUGUAAAAAUUUGGCACAGAAAUUGCUUUUUAGUGAGGACAAAGAAGGACUACUCUCAGAACAUGAUGCAGAGAAACCUAAAUGUGAUCCAGACCAAAAUACUACUCCUGAUGCUUUUAAAUCAGUUCCCAUAAAACCGUCAGACAGAAAUCCCUCUCACCUUCCGAAAAAAAAUCAGAACAUUGAUGAAUCUGUGGUUAAAGGUGGGCGCUCGAAAAAAACAGCAAAGGAAUACAUCCUCUUCAGUCCUACCCAUGUUGCAGCUGCAAAAGAGAGAAGAGGUCUACAGCUGCAGUCUUACCAUUCUGUGUCCGUGCUCACACCCCCCUCUGGCCUUGAUCACAGCUCACUGGGUGAAACACUGGCUGAAGCAGGACUAAGUAUACAUGUGGGGAUUCCUAGUGAUCACACAGACAAGCUACUUCUGUCAAGUUGGGGUCUUCCCAAACCUGUGCUUGAAAGGUACCAAAGUCGGGGUGUGCAGCGCAUGUUUGAAUGGCAAGCUGAAUGCCUUACCAAGGGAGGAGUCCUGGAAGGGAAAAACUUAGUCUAUUCAGCUCCUACCAGUGCUGGAAAAACACUAGUGUCUGAGUUACUCAUCCUCAAGAGAGUCCUUGAAACAAGGAAGAAGGCCAUAUUUAUUCUUCCAUUUGUGUCUGUGGCACGGGAAAAGAUGUUCUAUUUGCAGGAUGUGUUUCAGGAGGCCGGGGUGAAAGUGGAGGGUUAUAUGGGCAGCACUUCAGCAGCAGGCGGGUUCGGGGCUCUGGAUGUGGCCGUAUGCACAAUAGAAAAAGCAAAUGGACUCAUUAAUAGGCUGAUUGAAGAGGACAGGCUGGACUUGUUGGGAAUAGUGGUUGUAGAUGAACUGCACAUGGUUGGAGACUCUGGGAGAGGGUAUUUGCUGGAGCUUCUGUUGACCAAGAUUCGCUUUAUUGCACAUAAAACCUCAGCUGCAAGGUCUCAACUUCUGUCAGAAAAAAGCCAGAGUGUUUGUAAGGAAAUUCAGAUCGUGGGGAUGAGUGCCACGUUACCAAAUCUUGACCUCCUGGCCAACUGGCUCGAUGCCGAGCUUUACCACACAGACUACCGCCCCGUCCCUCUUAAAGAGUGGGUGAAGAUUGGCACCAGUAUUUAUGAUGGCUCAAUGGCCCUCGUGAGGCAUUUCCAACCUAAUCUUCAAGUAAAGGGCGAUGAUGACCACAUCGUCAGCCUGUGUCUUGAGACUGUGCAGGAGGGCCGUUCUGUGUUAAUGUUUUGCCCCUCUAAGAGCUGGUGUGAAAAGCUUGCAGACAGCAUUGCAAGGGAAUUUUACAACCUCCACCAAAAGGACAACCUAGGUCCUUCUGGCCUGCCUCCCAUGUCUUUAAACCAAGAGGGACUGCUGGAUGUGGUAGCUCAGCUGAAGCGUUCCCCAGCAGGACUUGAUCAGGUUCUCCAGCGCACUGUUCGCUGGGGGGUGGCGUUCCAUCACGCAGGGUUAACCUUUGAUGAGAGGGAUAUUAUAGAGAAUGGUUUCCGUGAGGGUUGCAUCAGAGUCCUGGCUGCGACGUCCACCUUGUCCUCUGGUGUGAACCUGCCAGCGAGACGCGUCAUCAUCCGGACCCCGCUUUUCAACGGCCGCCUGCUGGACAUACUGACCUACAAACAGAUGGUGGGGCGAGCAGGUCGCAAAGGAGUGGACACUUUGGGUGAGAGCGUGCUGGUGUGUAAGGAGACUGAACGUGCCAAGGGAGUCAGUUUGAUACAGGGCACUUUGAAGCCGAUCAGCAGCUGUCUCGUCAAACAGGAGGGUGAGGGCGUUACAACCAGUAUGCUUCGGGCCAUUCUAGAGAUUAUUGUUGGAGGAGUUGCAAGCACUCCAGAGGAGGUGAGGCUCUAUGCUUCCUGCACAUUGCUGGCGGCUAGCCUGGCAGCAGAGGGCGCAAGUGAGGGCUCCGCAGCCAAAGAGAAGGAGAGGAGCCGUGGAGCCAUAGAGGCCUGCAUAGAGUGGCUUAUGGAAAAUGAGUUUAUCCACAUCCAGAAGGACAAAGAUGUUCCUGGGGAGAGGUACUGUCCCACCCAUCUGGGCUCUGCGACUCUCUCCUCCUCCCUGUCACCACCAGAGGCCCUGAGCAUAUUUGCUGACCUGCAGAGAGCAAUGAAGGGAUUUGUGUUAGAGAAUGACCUCCACAUUCUUUACCAGAUAACCCCUGUGUAUGUGGACUGGACCACAAUUGACUGGUACCAGUUCUUCUGUUUGUGGGAACAAUUACCAUCAUCCAUGAAACGAGUGGCUGAGAUGGUGGGGAUCCAGGAGGGGUUUCUGGCCCGCUCUGUCAGUGGGAAGUUGGUUGCCAAGACUGACAAACAACGAAGGCAAAUGGCCAUUCAUAAACGCUUUUUUACUACGCUGGUGUUACUGGACUUAGUGAAUGAAGUACCUGUUGGUACUGUGGCAAAGAAAUACGCGUGUAGCAGAGGACAGCUUCAGUCUCUUCAGCAGUCAGCCUCCACCUAUGCAGGAAUGGUCACAGUUUUCUGCAACCGCUUGGGUUGGCACAACUUGGAGAUGCUGCUCUCGCAGUUCCAGAGUCGUCUCAGCUUUGGAGUGCAGAGGGAACUCUGUGACCUUGUGCGGAUCUCUCUCCUGAACGCCCAGACCGCACGAACCCUCUACAGUGCAGGUCUUCUUACUGUGGCAGACACGGCCCAUGCACAGGUGGCAGAUGUAGAGAAAAUGUUGAGAAAAGCCGUUCCUUUCAAAAGCUCCAAGCAGGCUGUUGAUGAGACUGAGUGGGAAGUCCAGGAGCGCAGAAGCUUGCGUUGUAUAUGGGUUAGUGGGAAGAAGCCCUUGACGGAGAGAGAGGCAGCUCAGGAGAUCGUAGCAGAAGCCAGGCAUCUGCUGCAGCAGGACCUGGCCCUGCUGGGGGUGAACUGGGACCCAGACUCCCUGCCACAAGAGGGCAGUACAAACCAGCCACCAGCAGAUGAAUCAGCUGAUGGUGAACCAGAGCAGUCAGAGUUAACCAAGCCUGAGCCUAAAGAGGCAUGUGUUAAAGUGAGACCUAACAACACCGAUGCAGUACCGGAUUGCAAACCUGCAGAUGGAGCUGUGAAAGACACAGGGGUUACGGAAAGUCCGCAAAUGCCAUUUGGCAACAGUGUCCCUCCCCACCUUACAUCCAAAGAGAACGUUGUAAGCGUGGAAGAACCCAUGGAUACUUCUGCUGACAAGUCAACUAAGAACACCAUUACAAAUCCUGUACUGGGUUUGCCAUCUGCUGACUGUGAACGGCAAUCCAGUGCAUUGUAUAAAGUGCUGAGGUCCAUCGGUUUAAAAGACAAGAAACACCCUGUGGACGACGCAGUGUCUGCUCGGUCCUCUAUACAUGGAGGUUCAGACAAUCAGUUAAAAACAAAGAUCACGUCUGCCAGUGAGGAGCAGCAUGCAUCACCACCUGGAACUCAGGUGUCCAAACGUAGAAAAGUGGAAGCUUGUGGAAUGACACAGGGAGUCACUGAUGGAUAUGACAGCAAGGUCGUAAAUGAAGAUAGCAAGUCACUUAAAGAGAAGAGUGAUCUGUCCUCCUCAGACCUAGCUAAAGAUAGAGGUCACAUUGACAAAGCAGGCAAGAAAAAAGAGAACCAACUUGAGCAGACAACACAGUGGGUAGACUCUGAGGAACCUCUGAGGUUAGGUUGCCAUAAGAGUCAGGAGGGUUGGAGGAAGUGCAAAUUUAAAUCCAAGCAUUUGAAUACAGGGGAAGUUCCCCAUGCGGAUGUUCCCCAAGACACUUCCUCAUCAUGUCAUAUCAGAAAACCAGAGGUCAGGCCUGUCACCGCUCUCCCCCUAGCAGAGAAAUGCGGGUCCCCUGACUUAUACACAGGUGAAACAGGGGAAUUUGGUGACAGUUUUCAGCUUGACACACAGACGGAGAGAAUCAUACAGCAGCAAGAUGGUGUGUUUCAAGGAAAUGCCAACUUAAAGUCUAACUAUGUAACCAUGAAAUCUCCCAAUACUGUCUUGCUUAAGCUCUCACUAUCUGAAGAUCGAAAGCUCUCUGAGGAAUCUGGUAUUGGGACGAACACUAAAACGGAGCGGCCAUUGUGUAAUGACAGUCUUCCCAAUGGCUGCCUUCGCAGAAGUACACCACCCCUUCCCAAAUACAACAUCUCUCUGACAGACAGUCAAAUGGAAAAAAUUCUCAAUUACAGUAAUCAAGCAACUGAAGAGAAUUCCAGAAUUCCACAGCAGGAUGAGCAAGCAGCUGAGUCAAGGCCUCAAGAGUCCAGCUGCCACCAGGAGAUCCUGGAGCGUGAGGCUGAGACCAGCCUCAAUGGAAGCAGCAGUUUCCUGUUUGAUAGUCUAUAUGAUAGCUCCUUGCUGGAUGCCCUGGCAACAGAGGAUGCGUCCAGUGAAACUGAAGAAGAAGAUGAGUAUGGAAUGGUGGAAGAGAAUGGAAUGGUAGCUGAGGUCGGAAUGGCAGAAGAGAAUGGAAUGGUAGCUGAGGUCGGAAUGGCAGAAGAGAAUGGAAUGGUAGCUGAGGUCGGAAUGGCAGAAGAGAAUGGAAUGGUAGCUGAGGUCGGAAUGGCAGAAGAGAAUGGAAUUGUAACUGAGGAGGGUAUAGCACAAGACCCUGAGGAAACCCCAGAAGGCCCAGCUCCUGGUGAAGAUCAAGAGGCCAUCCAAUGGGGUGAGUCCUCAUUUAACCUGUCAGAAUGGGGAGAUUCCCUACUAAUUGGAGAACAUUACCUGGAGAAAAGGAAUAGUGUGUUUAAAGGUGGCCAUCUUCCAAGAGCAGACGAAAUUGAGGCAGAGAGGCCAGGGGUUCAGAAGUGUGCUAUGUCUGAUUUCCCUGUGCCUGUUGUCAGAGAAGUGAUUCGUAUAGAAUCAGAGGCGAAGGCCAGUGAGUGCUCAUUUCACGUGAGUCCAGGAAUGCAAGAUGUUUUUGAUAAGUGGUCAGAGCAAUUUUCAACUAUCAAUGAGAUGCCAGUUGAGACAAAUUCAGAUUCAGAUUCCUCAAACCAUGAAGGGCUGAUUGCUGAAACAAAAGUCGGUGUGACCAAAACCAAAAAUAAUGUAAAGGAUAGUGAUAACUCACGGUCCAGACGAGGAGGUGACAUCAUUCCUCCAACACCAGAGCCUGUCACUCCUGUUAGAGUCAAAAUGACCACCUCAGCCAUCCAGUCACCACUUCAGCCCCAAGUCUCAAGGAACACCAGAGAAACAUCUGGGCCUGCGUUAGAAUCAACAUCGAAAUCAAAUCUCAGAGAUGAUAACCCUGUACCUGACAAGGGGCUAAUGCGUGAGCCGCUUGACACAUCCAUGGAAUUUAAUCCCAGUAGUCCAGAGUCCUUCACAAUCAUCGAUGUUGCCAGUGAUCAGAGCCUCUUUGAAACCUUUAUGAAGGAGUGGAAAACACAGCACAGGUUUUCUCUGGCUCUCGCCUGUGAGCAGUGGGAUUGCACUCCAGAUUCCAAGUCAGUCAUAGGAGGCAAACACAAACAAGGUGUUCACACAGUGAGAAGCCUGAAUAAAGAUGGGUUCGCUGUGAAAGGAGAUGAAGGCCUUGUUGUCGUUGGCAUCUCGGUUUCCUGGGGAGGAAAAGAUGCCUAUUACAUAUCUCUACAGCAGGAACAGUCAAACACAGAUAUCAGUGCAAGCUUAGCCCCUCCUCCUCUGGACGAAAAAUUGUCGGUUGGCGAGAGACAGAAGCAAAUUCAAAGUUGUUUAGAAACGAAGGUUCUCUCUGAUGUUGGAGGAAUUACAAUUGCGUAUGACUUCCUUCAAGUGUACAAGACAUUUUUGUUAGCCUGUGGAGUUUCUCUUGGAGGGGCCUUUGAAGACCCCAAGGUCGCUAGUUGGCUGCUGGAUCCCGGCUCUAAAGAGCGCACUCUUCAUAAUAUGGUGACAAACUUCACCCCACAGGACCUCUCUCUGCUGGAUGGUAUUAGUCCAGGCCAAGGGGUGCAGAGUUUAGGGAUCGGUGGGGAUGUCAGUUACUCUGGACGCUACAGAGCAGCAGUGGAGUGUGUCCUUGUUUACAGAGUCAUGGCCCAGCUCACAGUCCUGUUGUCAAAGGACAGUCUAUUAGAUGCGUUCCACACUGUGGAGAUGCCAAAUCAGUAUUGCCUGGCCCUGUUGGAGCUCAAUGGUAUUGGGUUCAGCACGGAGGAGUGCGAGGCCCAGAAGCAUGUGAUGCAGGCCAAGCUGAAAGAGCUGGAGUCUCAGGCGUACCAGCUGGCUGGACACAGCUUCUCUCUGACAAGCCCUGGCGAUGUUGCCGAGGUCCUGUUCUUGGAGCUGAAGUUGCCUCCAAAUGGGGAUAUAAGUGGUCAGAAGGCAAAGAAGACUCUUGGGUACACAAGGAGAGCCGCUGGGGGUCGGGCCACACUGGCCAAACAGUUUAGCACCACGAAAGACAUUUUGGAAAAACUGAAACCACUGCACCAGUUACCAGGGGUUAUUCUUGAGUGGAGAAGAAUCACAAAUGCACUGACAAAGGUGGUCUUUCCCCUGCAAAGAGAGAAAUGCCUGCAUCCUGUCCUGAAUAUGGAGAGGAUACAUCCAGUGUCACAGACUCAUACAGCAACUGGAAGAGUAAGCUUCACUGAACCGAACAUUCAGAAUGUCCCAAAGGAUUUUGACAUUGAGAUGCCUACAGUUAUUGGGGAAAGCCAGCCAUUGGAGAAUGGAAGCAGUGCUAGUUCUUCAAAAAGGAGAAAAUCGAGGAUUCCUCAGCAGUUUGCACCACUCAUCAAAACAUUUGAAACUCCACAAGAAAAAGGUGUAGCUUUCUCUGUUAGUAUGAGACAUGCUUUUGUUCCUUUUCCAGGAGGGCUCAUCCUAGCAGCGGACUACUCUCAGUUGGAGCUUCGAAUCUUGGCUCACCUGUCAUGUGAUCGGCGUCUCAUCAAGGUGCUCAACAGUGGGACCGAUGUCUUCCGAAGCAUUGCAGCUGAGUGGAAGAUGGUGGAUCCUGCAUCAGUAGAUGACUGUAUGAGACAGCAGGCAAAACAGAUUUGUUAUGGAAUCAUCUAUGGCAUGGGUGCAAAAACACUUGGUGAACAAAUGGACAUUGAUGAGAUUGAUGCUGCAUCUUACAUAGACUCUUUCAAAUCAAGAUAUUCAGGAAUACAGUCCUUUUUAAAAGAAACUGUGAAGAACUGUGGCAAAAAUGGCUAUGUGCAGACCAUUCUUGGCAGGAGGAGGUUUCUCCCUGGCAUUAAAGAUAAAAACAUGUACACAAGAUCUCAUGCUGAGCGCCAGGCAGUCAACACAACUGUCCAAGGGUCUGCAGCUGACAUUGUCAAGCUUGCCACAGUCAACAUUCAGCGGCAGUUUAACAAAGCUUUCCAUGGCAUGCCCCAAUCUCAUCAGCAUCCUGUCUCAGGAGCAGUGUGCUCGUCUUGUGGAAUCUCAGGAUCUAGGCGCCACAGAGUGCUCUCCAGGCCGCUAAGAGGAGCGUAUUUCAUCUUACAGCUCCACGAUGAGCUUAUCUAUGAAGUUGCAGAAGAAGACCUCAUACAGGUUGCACAAAUUAUGAAGAAAGAAAUGGAGUCCGCCGUGAAGCUCUAUGUGAGGCUCUGUGUCAAAGUGAAAGUGGGUUCCAGCUGGGGUAAUCUACAAGACUUGGACAUUUAGGAAACUGGAUCGAGACCCUUUGCACUCAUAUAAAACACUACAGAUUGUGCUGAUUUGGACAUUUAGGAAACUGGAUCGAGACCCUUUGCAGUCAUAUAAGAGACAACAGAUUGUGCUGAUUUGUAGAAUGUUGCUUUGUGAUAAUAGUGUUCACAUAACAUUUUCACAUUUUUAACCCUCUGUAUUUAUUGUUUUUAGCUUCUUCACAGUACUACUCACUCAUGAGAUUUCCUAUAUUGACCCACGAGCAAAAAUGAAUUGAAUGAAUGUCCUUGUGUUGUGAAUGUAUUGUAAUUAAAUGUACAUAUACUAUGUGUAUCUCUGUAAUUAUGUCUGGGAAAUUGCAAGAUGUAUAAUUUAACAUAAAUAUAACACUAUUUUCUAUACAACUUAUGAGAAGACUUAAGUAUUACACUAUUAAAAGCUCUCUUAUUUAAUUAUUUUGUUUUGCUGUUGCUUUACUUUAGCAAUUUUCUCCAUGAAAUGAAUCCAAAUCAUUUUUGUCAUCAAAGUCAUGUAAAAAAAUGUCUUAUAAACUAUUGUGUUUACGAUCAAAUAUCAUGGCAGUCUACACCCAACAGCAACCUUACUCUUUAGUAACGCAACUUAUUCAAAAGGCAUCUCUUUGCCUAUUUUGAUUAACUUGGUAUGAUGCAGUGACUGCAUAAGAUAACCUUAAUGUGCCUUAGCAGCCAUGUCUAUACAUUUCCAUUCGGUGAGGUACAUAGCAGACGGCAUUCAGAGAGUUGAUGGUCUCCAUUCAUUGUGUACAAGGCAUGUUAUUGAGAUCUAGGAAGAACUUGACCACUUUGUUCUUCAAAGAGUACUACUAAGCAAUUUAAGACACUUCUUUAGAACAAAUCUGUCAUUCUAAUGUAUUUGUUACAAGCCGUACAAUGUUAAUCUUAUUGAACUCAAAUUGUGGUUCCUUUACUUGCGCCGAAAGUUGAGAAAAAAAAUUCAAAGGAACCUUAGUGUGACAGCAAAACUUUUUACAUCUUUGCUAGGAAUUUGUCUAAACUGCUAUUUAGCUGUGCUAACGAUAGGUUACUAUCCUACUGAAACAUUACCUUUACAUGUGAUCCAACUGGCCAAACCACCUCCGGAUGUGGUCUGGGGUGCAUUGUGACCACAUUGAAAAUUGUUGUAAAUCCACUAACAAUCACGUGGCUGUUCCAAACCAGCCAGGUUUUGAAAAGUAAGCAAACACAAUAAAGCCGCUUCAUGGAUGGCUACCAUCAUCUUUUUUGUACCUGCGUAAACCAGAGGAGGAUGUGAGGUGAGCUGGACACAGUGAUCGGAUCUCAAUGUGGAUACUUGAGACAUUGAUACUAGGUGUAAAUGCAAUCUGGUUAAAAAUCAUAAAAUAUCUAAAGUUUGGAUGUCAGCUGGAGCUAGUUGAGUUUGAAGUGACCUUGUCCUUUUAAAUUAACACGCGCAAAACAUCAGCUGAUGCCUAUAAAUCCACAUUGAUGGUGUCAUCCUCAUUUAUUCGAAAAUCACAGCAGAUGAGCAGCUAUAUAUUUGGAUUACACUUCACAAGGUUGGCUGUCGGAAACCUGGAUAUUCUUGAAUUGUAGCGAAGGUUUCCAUAGUGUUUUCCCAUUCAUUUCA